AAAAAUACAGUGAGAAUAAUGUUUGUUUACUUAAUGACUCGAGAACUUGAAGAAACUACCCGUAACAGAAAUCUACUCCCGCAAGCGACUAUGAAAACUGAAAUAAGUGAUGAUCAUGGCUCGAGUCAAUUGCCGAUUGAAGGGGUUGUAUCUGGAAUGGAUGUUGAUGACGACGAUUACAUCGAGGAAGAAAUGAUACUAUUUGCAGAUUUUGCAAAAUAUUUAACAGAGGAAGAGCUCACAGAUACAAACCUAAGGAUUAAAGUCAUUGGAAUUGAAACAGACGCACCGAUAAUACAGAUCAACAACGAUGUCUAUGAGGGUUCGUAUGAUUUCGCAAUGGGUACGAAUGUUUUCCUCGAAGAAGAUGCGAAAACAAAAUCUUUGAUCGAUCCGCUGUAUAGUCCUGAUCCGGAGAAGGUGUACAAAUAUGCGGGUCAGAGCACAAAAGUUUUGAAAAUGCAGCGGAUUUUUAUAACGCCCAAGGCUGCUGAUAUUACUAAUGUGAAAACCGAAUCGGAAGCUGUGGAAUCAGAGACCGAUAAUACCAAAAAUCGUUACCUGGUUACUCGAACGUACGAGGAAGCCUUGAACUUACAUCUACCAAGGGGCAUGAAUCCCCCACGGCAUAUUGAGCCAGAACAAAAUUGUGAACAAGUCGUACAGUCGAGAUCGACGUUUGCUGCAGGAAUGGAUAGUGACGGUCACGAUGAUCCACUCGAUCCUGAUUAUGAUCCUGACAUGGAGAGUUAGCUGUGGGUGGACGUGUGUUAAUUUUAAUAGUAACUUAAUUUAUUUCGAAUCAUGUUGACAGGCUCUGCUAGAGCACGAAUUAACGCAAGGUGUCGAUAGUUUCGGAAUAUUCCCAAUUUAAAACUAGGAUUUAGUUUGUACUAUAAUAUGGAUAGUAAAACUUUUUAAUUAAGUUUGUUUAUAAUAUAAGUCUUGAAAAUGGGAUACACCGGCGUGUUAGUUGAGUCUUUAAAUAAAGCUAAUCAUGCUCACUACAUUAUACUUUAAUAUAGUG